ACAAAAACAGAGUAAGUCAUGGAAGGGCAGUCUCGUUUUGUGUUUUAUUCGGGCUCAAGUUCUGGAAUAUGAUGGUUAUUUUUGGAAUCUUCCUCCUGUUUAUUCCGGAAGGUAUUGAGUGCAUACUCCUUGUUCAGCCAUCACCAAUCGCUAAUGUGACUUAUGGAAAACCGCUUUACUUCAAUUGUACAUUCCCACCAUCAUGGGAGUCUGCAACUCUUAACAUUCCUGGUGAAAUUGGCUUCAAAUUCGCCAUAUUCAAUGACGGACCGUGUUCUGUCCCAAUUCAUAGACAGGCCGAUUACAGCAUUGCUUGUCAUGGGAACACACUAACGUAUGGGAUUAUGAAGCCACAAGACAAUACAAUAUGGCGAUGUACUUCCAGCAUCUCGAGUGUUAUGGAACACGGCACCACCACCGUCAGUUUACAAGCAGAUAAACCUGUCAUACUCACACAACGAAAUACCUAUACCAUCAUAGAGGGUUCCAACAUUUCCAUUCCGUGUACAUUUACUGGUGCACCGAUAUACAACACUACCUGGGAACACGACAAUAUUGUCAUGCAAUGGUCAGCUCAAACUCGGCCCUUAGUUCUGAGUUUACAGAAUGUCUCCAGAUCAUCUGCAGGAAAUUACACCUGUAACGUAACUGUUACCUUUAAGGGAACCUACACCGCCUCAAAUACAGUAGAUUUGAUCGUUGAAUAUCCACCUACACUUAAACCAAGUGAUAACACUACCGUCAAUGAAGGAACCAGAGCUGUGUCGCUUGCCUGUGAGAUUUUAGUAGAUGGGUAUCCCAGAAAUUACAUCGACCUCUACUGGCAGCACUGGAUAGGCAAUCAGUUAAUAAAAGAACUAGCUUCUGACACCCACCCAACUAUCCCUUCUGUCAAAAAAUAUACUCUAACCUUGAAUCCGGUUUUUUUUAACGACACCGGAAUUUACGUGUGCUUAAUGGGGAAUGGAAUUUCGAAUUUGGAUGGAAAGGUCAAACAAAGUGGUCAAGUUGAAGUGGUCGUGAAAGCUAUUCCUAAGAUUUCAAGAUCCAAAGAUGAGUACCAUGGCCAGGUUGGAAAAACAUUAAAAAUACAGUUUAAAAGUUUGGGCCAUCCAGAGGUACAUUGUUUUAUCAACUCUUCGCCGGGAGAAAUCACUGCCCAGUUCAUAACAACGGAAACCUUAGGGCCAGUAGAUAUUACCAUCAAUGAUGAAGUAUUUAAAAUGAAUGGAACUACCUUGGAAAUGGAUUUUGGCAAGAUAAGUCACAGGUUCAGCACACGUUACCAGUUGAUAGCAGAGAAUUCCAUGGGAAGAGUAACUCAUAGCUUCUUGGUUCAAGGACACGAUUUUCCGAGUAGACCUUUCAAUCUUCAUUUCAAAGAACAUGGGGCCUCUGCUUUCCUUGAGUGGGAAGCUACCAGUCCAGAUCUGGACAUGACAUAUGAAGUUAUUCUUAAAUAUCAUACUGGAGACGACAUUGUCAAUAUCAUUCCAGGAUCAAAUGAAACAAUUUACAAAUAUUGGUUGACUAAUCUUUCAUUGAACAAAGAGUAUAUCGUUCAGCUGUGUACAACAAAUGUUGUGGGCAGAAACUGCAGUUCCACAUUCAAAAUAAAAACGGACAAACAAAAACCUUCGCAAGCCAAUCCACGGCGGAUAUCAGAAACGACUAUCAUUACUAUUGUUGUUGGUUGUGUGGGACUUCUGAGUAUCCUUGUAUUCAUUCUGAUUGCCCGGAAUCGCAGAAAGGAUCGGAAAAACAAAAGCCCCUUCUCGCUAGAAAGACAAAAUGUUCCCUUGGGAAGGAACAAUUGUCCGAUGCAAAGAGUGACCAAUGAUUUAGAGUCUUCAGAAAAAAACGGUGAAAGAACACUGUACUUUUCCACUGACACUUACCUGACACCACAAUGCCUGACCUCACAGCAAUCAAAAUCACCCUCGUGUCAAUCAAAUUUGGAUGGGAAUGAAUAUGCAAGUGUAGAUGACCCUACCGUCAUGAAAGUGGCUGCCCAACGAAAUCACAAUGUUGGAAUAUUCCUAUUAAAUAGUGGUAUUCCAAUGAACACUGGCAGUGUGCCAAACCUCCCAUCCCGGGAAACUCAUAACGCUAAUCAAACCAUGGUAACUCCUGACACCACUCCAAGAAAUGAGUACAUGGAGAUGGGAAAGACAGCAGAUAUCCCGAAGUCAAAUAUGUAUCCAAGCUUGCUGCUUAAACUUCCAAACCAAACCGUCAGCGAAGACUGUGAAUUCACUCACUAUGUUUCUAUGGAUGCUAAAGAUGGUAAGAAAAAUCCGGAAGUUCAGAAUGGUGGCAACAGCGGAGUUAAACACCCCAAAAAGUACGUUCGGAAGUGACUUCUUGUUUCCGUUGGUUUAUCAGCUCGGAUAAUAGAAAAAAUGUGGUGUGUGUUUAAAAUGGUUUAUUUACCAGAUAAAACAAACUUUUAAACUUUGUGUAACUCUUUCCUUUAUUCACGAUUGAAAUGUGUUCGAUGAUUUCAAGUUUAUCCAUUAAAGAUGAAGACACAAUACAGUAUUCUCGAUUGAUGCUUUAUGUAGAUGUUAUUCUUGAUAACUACUCCAACAUUAAGUGCAGUAUCACUUGAUCAAAAUAUGUAAUUGUGAACGAUUAGGUACAAUUAUCGAAAGAGAAGACGUGUGUGAAACGCAAUUUCCGAGAUACCAGCUCUUACGUGAUGAAGGUACAUUCAGUAUUCUAUCAAACUCUUGGGUGGACACAUGAUGUAUUAACUUUAUUACAAACGUGAUGACUUCAGCUUCCCCAUCGUCAAUUUUCCAUAUUAUGUAGCCAUAUUCCAUUAUCAUCUACAUAUGCUGUCUAUAUCUCAUUGAUUCGAUACACGAGAGUAUGUUCUGUAAAUGAUGAAGUUUUAAGUCAAGGCAAGCUACUGACAAAUAAAUUGAUGUUAGAGGGGUUUCAAAAGUCUAGUCUGAAGUCAGUAUUUUGUAAAUUUUAUAGUCGUUAUAAUAUUGUUUGCAAAUAGACCCUGUCGUUAGGUCGAAUGCUGUUUGACGUGUUUCAUAACAAUUGUUAUACCGUUACUUUUAUAUUCUGAUAUUAACUAUAACUUUCUCCGUUUACCUGAUCAAGAUAUAGGGCUCAUAGUGGGUGUGACCGGUCAACAAAUGGUGAUUAUUCCCCCUAGGCAUCCUACUUCUGGUGUGUCCACGGAUCUAUGUUUGUCAUAAUCUUAAUUUUGUAUUUAUCUGAUUUCUAUGAGGUUGAUCACUGUUCGGUAUCUUCAAUGUUCAUGUACGUAUAUUAUAGACUGGUGAUGUAGAUGAAAAUACAAGUUAUGAAGGCGUGGAUUUUAUUUAUAGCAGCGGAUGAUAUGACCAAAUCAAGAAAAAAAUUGUUUGAAAUAAGACAUAACAUUAAAUGUGAUCACAAUUUAUUUCCUUUUCGAUACGAUCGAUACUUCUAACAAAAAAGAUGGCGAAUUGCAAUUAGUCGUAAGUCCUGUUUUCCUACAGUUCAAGUGGUUCUAUAGCAGCUGGUAAUGAUCCUUUAGCCAAGGUACGAUUGGUGUGGUAAGUGUGUAUAUGAAAAUGUAUCAUACGCCCCACUCUUCGUAAGAGCUCGUGAAAGAGUAACAAAUAUUGGAGAACUCGGAAAUUGUGUAUUCUUGUUUGUCACUCAUGUUCUACUAUUGUUACUUGAGGAAAUCAACAAAUCUAAAUUGUUUUUAAUUUCAUCAUUUGUUAUUGUAUAUACAUAUUUUCUUGUAAGAUAACUUUCCACAAUUUAUUGCAUUUUGAUCGGUAACGAAAUACAUAUUGUUAUAUAUUGGUAUUCAUAUCAUAGGUUGAGAUAACCGGAGCAUAACUUGAAAUUGCAUAAGAAAAUUAUUAGGAAUUCUUGAAAGUACUUUAAAAACCAAAAAUGUUGCCGCAGUGAAUUUUUGGACAAAGAUCAACGAAAAUUCAUGAAAUUUCGUGUACAGCUUUAAUACUUGUUCAAAGAAUCAAAAUGCAAAAUUAAUAAAAAGAUGAAGUCAGGUGUCUUUAAAAUGGCAUGGUUAUGUCAAGUGGAAUAGGAAGACUGACUAUAAAUAAUAAUACCAUAUUUAUAUAGCACCUUUUUCAUACACUAUGUACGCUCAAAUGUGCUUUAAAUACGGAAUCCAUUAAAAUAGCGUGCAUAAGACGCGAAAGGUUGUGCGUUGUACAAUGCUAUUGGUGAUAGUGCGCAAAUCUCUGAAAAACGACCAUAUAAGUAACGCCCAUCACAAGGUAAUCACUUAUCCCGUUUAAAAAAGAUUUUUCUAAAAAUUAGACUGCACAUACUUCAAAACGGAAUAUUUACGUUAUACAUUCAUCUUUAUUUUUCCAUUAGCCUACAUAGGAAGAUCUGUGUUUCACUGAGAGCAUUUUUUGCCCUUCAUCCGCCAGCGAUAACGGGGGCAACUGCUAUCGAGUGUAGUCAGCUAUAGCUGAUCUGUCAAUUUCACAGCGGUAAAUUUCAAAACAAUGCAUACGUAAAUAGCAUAAAAUCUUUUAUUUUACAUCCAUUGUGUAUACAUCAAUACGUUGCGCAGACAAUUUAUCAUAACGUGCGUUCAUUUUUCUUCACAACGUUCCGGUUACUAGCACGCAAUGUCAAAAAGUAACAAAGCAAUAAUUCGACGCUUCAGCAAUGUCAACAUAACGCCAAAAUUUUAUUGAGGUGCUCCGGUUAACCUUACAUAUUUGAUUUCUAAUGUAUCAAAACCAAUCCCUUCAUUGAAGAUAUCCAUAUAGAUAGAAUUAUUAUGUUUAUGUUUUGUGUAAGUGCUUUCAUAAUUGUACAUACAUGUAUCUUUUUUCCCAGUGAAAAAAAUAUUUUAUUUGAAUAUACAGAUGCAUGUUUUGUCUUUCUAUAUAGUGAUACUAAAGGAAGGCAAAUCUGACUUGCGUAAAUGACAAUGUAUUUUAUCAACUACAUUUUUGCAUCCGACUGUUUUGCACUAAAGUAUUUGGAGUCUUUUAAAAGUUUGUCUGUAUAUUUUACGUGCAUGCUACUCGUUCCUUUUUUGUUUUGUUAUCAACAUCUUUUUUUAUUUCCAAUAAAGGUAAUUGUUAAUAACUAA